AUGGCAAGCACAAGUUCUUCGUUCGAGAAGGAUGAGGAGCCGUCGGAUCCGCAGGUUCAGAAAAUCGCACCAGCCGAUCCGGCCGCUGGGGGCGAGCCGGCCGGAAACCCUGCAGAGCUGUCGACGACAGAGAUCAAGAAGAAGAAGAAGAAGAAGAAGGUGUUGAUUCAGGUGCCAGAUAGCGAUGUGAAACGUGUCCUCUCCUACAAGGAAGAAACCAUCGAUACGGAGGUGCCCGACCUAUGGGUCAGGAGAGACCCAGAACUGGCUGCGAACUUGGGCAUAAUGUGGGCCAACUUGGCCAUGCUCAAGGAGCUCACCAAGGGCCGGAUGCUAGAAGAGCAGAGAAACUAUAGGGAGCAGUUAAAAACUAAGGGUAGAGUCACCUACGAGCUUGAGGUUGACGAGGACGAUCCCAGAUUUAAAGAUGAACCCACCACCUCUGCUGGAGCAGGACGGAGGAGAUACCGCCCGGGCGUCAUGAAAAAGCAAGAUGGACAUACCAGGAAGCUUAAUUAA